AUGACGAUGUCUUUAUUCAAUCCUGAUUCAAUUAACAACGAGCUCUCCAAACCAACAUCGAUCUUUGGUCUUAAGCUUUGGGUCGUCAUCGGUAUUUUACUCGGAUCUCUUAUCGUCAUCGCUCUCUUCUUCCUCUCCCUCUGUUUAACCUCUCGCCGGAGACACCGCAAGCCACGUCACGCCGAUUUCGCGUCCGCAGCGGUAGCGAGCCCGCCGGUUUCCAAAGAGAUUCAGGAGAUCGUUCCGGCGCAAGACCAUUACCACCACCAGACGCAGCCCGUUGCGGCGGAGAUCCAAGUCGAUAUCGGGAAGAUCGAGCACCGAGUUGUGUUCUCGAGUGGUGAAAGCAGAGGAACGGUGAGCGCUAGUGAAACGGCUUCGUUUUCAGGGAGUGGUUGUGUUGGACCUGAGGUUUCGCAUCUUGGUUGGGGAAGAUGGUAUACUCUUCGUGAGCUCGAAGCUGCUACCAAUGGAUUGUGUGAAGAGAAUGUGAUCGGAGAAGGUGGUUAUGGGAUUGUGUACAGUGGCGUUUUCACUGAUGGUACUAAAGUCGCUGUCAAGAAUCUUCUUAACAACAGGGGUCAAGCUGAGAAGGAGUUUAGAGUGGAAGUGGAAGCCAUUGGGCGUGUACGGCAUAAGAAUCUCGUUAGGCUUUUAGGGUACUGUGUUGAAGGUGCAUACAGGAUGCUUGUGUAUGACUACGUUGAUAAUGGAAACUUGGAGCAAUGGAUUCAUGGUGAUGUUGGUGACAAAAGUCCACUGACUUGGGAUAUUCGUAUGAACAUAAUACUUGGCAUGGCGAAAGGAUUGGCGUAUCUACACGAAGGUCUCGAACCAAAAGUGGUUCAUCGGGACAUUAAAUCAAGUAAUAUCUUGCUUGAUCGUCAAUGGAAUGCUAAGGUAUCAGAUUUUGGACUUGCUAAGCUGUUGUUCUCUGAGAGCAGUUACGUGACAACACGUGUGAUGGGGACUUUCGGAUAUGUAGCACCUGAGUAUGCUUGCACGGGAAUGCUGACUGAAAAGAGUGAUAUCUAUAGUUUUGGGAUAUUGAUCAUGGAGAUAAUCACCGGAAGAAACCCUGUUGAUUAUAGUCGACCUCAAGGAGAGGUGAAUUUGGUUGAGUGGUUGAAAUCAAUGGUUGGAAACCGAAGGUCUGAGGAAGUAGUCGAUCCAAAAAUACCAGAACCGCCAACUUCAAAAGCUCUCAAACGUGUGUUGCUCGUCGCGCUGCGUUGUGUGGAUCCCGAUGCGAAUAAGAGACCUAAAAUGGGUCAUAUUAUACACAUGCUUGAAGCUGAAGACUUGUUCUAUCGUGACCAGGAACGACGAGCCACGAGAGAGCAUGCAAGCCGCGAUUAUAACCAGCGACAGACUGAAAUUUCAGCGGCUGUGGCUGAGACGAGCGAAAGUGAAAGUUCAAGAGACCGUAGAUAAAAGAUGUAUGAGAAGGAACUGAAAAUUUUCCGACCAUUAGUUCUUAAAAUAUUUUUUUCUGUUAAUCAAUUUUUAAUUUCUUGUAUGUGACAAAAUUAUUAUCUUAAUUCUUUUA